UACCACCUCAUCGACGUAAAAUUUAUCCCAUCGGUACCCGGAGUCAAAGUCACGGAAAUUUGUUAUUAGUAUCACCUUGGGCGUUAUGAGCGCGUGCGGCAGGGGGAGCGAAGCUGACUCCGCCGGGGUUAUGGUGUCCAGGUGUAUGGGUGUCCAGGUGUUCCAGCCUACGCUCCCUAGGCAGGCCAGGGUGCGUACGCAGAAGCAGACAGCCCAGGCAGACCCCGGGGCACCAGCCCACUUAGGCAGAGCGACAAAAGCAUCACCGAGCCCACUUUGACACAUAGCUCGACACAUGAACAGCAUCGACAAAUGAUAACCAGAGGGCUCGUGAGGGCCUCCUCCACGCUGAGGUUUGCACCAUCGUUGGCGUGCCGUGAGAACCACAGGCCGCCACCAGUGAGAAAAGUCAACCUCGGCUCCAUGGUUGAGUUCAUAAGGGAUUAUGUCCCAGUGGCAUUGACACAGCUACCUGAUCAUGAUAGGCUCUCAGAUGACAUCACGCUAAGGGUUGCACCUACGGUGCACCCCAACGUGCCCAUGAUCAAGGGCCAUAUGAGCUAUGUGACGAGCCUGAAGGCGACACAGCUGAUAUUCACAACGUUCUUGCUGCAUCCGCAGACCCAGCUACACAUCACCGAUCUUGAAGUCGAUGAGGAAGGAAAGACCCAUAUAUACGGGCUGAUACCUGGAAGCACAAAGGUCAUUGUCAAAUGGACCACUUGUUCUGGAGGAUGCCACCAUAUAAAGGGUGCAACGCCGGCUACGGAGGCCCAUCAGCCAGUACAGGCCAAGAGUGAUGGCGAUGCUCGAAGAUUUGAUAUUGGGGGCGUGUUGGGGACGCUCUUUGGUAGUUCUAAACCACUGUCCAGUGGCGAAACAUCAAAGGAGAUCCGUGUCAUAUUUGGUAUCUUUGUAUUUGAACUGAACCACAACUGUGAUAAGAUCUUGGUUCAUAACCUGGAAAACUUAGACAUGCUGGAUAAAGAAGACUAUAACCAGCUGGGCAAUUGGGCUCCAAGCACAUGACACGCUACGUUGAACGGGUAUAAACACUCGCCCUUGUACAUAAAGUUUUGGGUAUUAUAUAUAUACACUCUUACAACUUGUUCUUUGCCUCUGCAAUGGCGUUCACUAGUGCAUUCGCAUCGUCAUCGGUCUUUACCCUCAGCACAUACGUUUCAAUCUUGCCACCUUCAACAACUGGAAUGCGAACACCUUUACCAACAUUGGUGUACUCUAAGGUUUUCGCAAUUGCAGUGUUUAGGAUAACACGUUCAGAUCCCUCUGCACGUAAU